CAUUGCACAACUGGAACUGGAAACCCCUCCCGCUUCCUUCAAAUCCAAAGUGUGGAAAUAUUUUGCUCGACACGUGUGCCGUAUGCUACAGGCACCACCUCUAACAUGGGGACGCAUAUAAACAGACACCACAAAGAAAUUGAGCUAAAAGCUAACGCCAGUGGUAAAACCACGACUCAGAUAACAAUCCCCAGCUCCUACAGAGAAAAACUGCACCCCGGCUCAGAACGCGCUCACCAAAUAACGAGGGCAAUUGGCGUGUGUAUCGCUGCAGACCUGAGACCACUCUCAGUGGUGGAGAAUGCCGGUUUUAGACAUUUGAUCAGCGUUCUCGAACCACGUUACGAAAUGCCAUGCAGAACAUAUAUGACUGAUAAAGUGUUACCUGGCAUGUAUGAUGAUGUGAAGGCUCGCAUUUCUGAAGGGCUGAGCCAUGCAGAACUGAUUGCAUUAACAACAGAUGGGUGGACCUCGAGAGCGACAGAGAGCUACAUAACAAUAACAUCCCACUACAUUAAUGAUAUGUGGGAGAUGGAGAGUCCAGUUCUCCAAACGCUCCCAAUCUAUGAUGCUCACACAAGUGGAAAUCUGUCUGCUAUCCUGAAGAAAGCGGCAGUGGAAUGGAAAUUAGAGAGACCAAAUUUCAAAAUCCCAGUGACAACAGACAAUGCGAGAAACAUAUCCAAUGCAACAAAGGAUGCUGGAAUGUCACCAAACAUUGCAUGUUUUGCACACACUUUGAAUCUGGCAACACAGAAGGGGCUGGGAGUGAAUCAGAUGCACCGUAUACUGGGCAAAGUCAGGAGGAUAGUAGCCUUUUUCCACCGUAGUACAACUGCAGCAGCUGUCCUUGACACCAAACAAAAACAGCUUUUGCUUCCCAAUCACAAGCUGGUAAUGGAUGUGGUGACACGGUGGAACUCCAGCUAUGAGAUGCUAGAACGCUACAUAGAGCAGAAAGCUGCAGUUUAUGCUGCACUCACAGAUGACGGUGUCAAAAAGAAUGUGAAAGACCUCAUCACCUUGUCUGAUGAAGAGCUUAAAACAAUGGAGAUGGUCGUUGAGAUCCUGCAGCCACUGAAAAAAAUCACUGAUGCACUAAGUUCUGCACAGAAUCCCACUGUCUCCAUGAUCCGUCCCCUCUAUCAUUGGGUCCUGAUUGCUAUGGAACCCAGUGCCAAAGAUUCACCUACAGUAAGGGAACUGAAAUCUGCCAUAGAAGGUAACUUGAAGCCGAGGUAUUCAGACCCAUCCCUCCAACUCUUCCUGGAUGAGACCACUGCGCUUGAUCCGAGGUUCAAGUCUCUGUCCUACCUGGAUGCAUUAACUCGGAGUGAGAUCUUCAAAAGUCUGACUGAUAAAAUCCUGCAACAGCAUCCCAGACAGGCCUCUGGAGAAGAGACUGACCAGAGCAGUGCUGGAGAUCAGACAGCAUCAGCAGCUGCAGGUCCCCCUGCAAAGAAAUCAGCUCUUAGUGAACUGUUUGGCGAUUUCUUCAGCCAUGGCCAGGCAGUAGCUGGAGCCCCCAAACCAUGGCCUCAAGUUGUGGAAGAGGAAGUUCAGCAGUAUAGGUUGGCUCCAGUCAUCGAACUUGAAGAAAAUCCUCUGAAAUGGUGGAAAGAAAAUAAACUGUCUUACCCACAUUUGGCAAAGCUGGCCAAAAGUUGCCUUGCUGUUCAAGCAACAAGUGUUCCAAGUGAACGAGUAUUCUCAACAGCAGGGGAUAUCGUUACAGCUCUCAGGAGUUGCCUGGAUCCACAAAAUGUGAACAUGCUCAUCUUCUUAAAGAAGAAUUACAAAAUCAUUCAUUGAGAAGUCACCUUUCUUGUUUGUCAAGCACUUACCUGUUCAAACACUAAGACACUAAGAAACAUAGAUACAUAGGUCAGAAUGUGGACCAAAUAAAAAUUAUCUUUGGAUCCACCCCCCUAAGUUCAUGUUCAUUUUAUUUUUGAUUUCAUUUAGAGUAGAGCUUAAGAAGACUGUUGUAACUCAGCAGAAUCUGAAAAAUAGAAGUUAUUGGGCACAAACCCAGUCCCAUGUUGUUGGGUGCUAUUUUCAUUUCCUUUGAGUUCAGUAGUCUCACCAGGGUCAAUAAAUGUCUGAGGAGGAAUUCUGCAUAUGCACACUGGCCUGCAUCUUGAAAGGUUGAGAGUGUUAUGUAAAAAAGUGUGCUAUUUAUUUUUAUUUGACUAUUUAUUUUCAUGGCAGGACCACAUUGCUCACAAGUGUUUUGUUAUAUUUUUAUUUUUAUAUGCUGGGUAAAAUAAAAGUGCCUUAUUUAGAAACAAACAAGUGUUUUUUUUUCUUUUCAAAUCAAGACAAUAAUGUAAAUUAAUACAUAUAGCACUCAGACCUGGAAAAAAAAUGCACUUU